CCUUUACCUGUAGGAUAGAAUUACAUGUUUAAUUGGGGGUCUAUUAGCACUAACCAUAUACGAACCUCAUCAUAACAAAUACGUUUCACAAUAGCAACUCAUACUUCUGUUGAAAUAAUUUCUUAUUUUUAAUUAUUCAACCAUUUAUAAUUUAUUUCUAUUGCUGCAAUAUUUCAUCCGGCUGGAUAUAAUAAAAAGUUAAAAAGAGCUCACAUCGAUUAAGAAAAACAAUCAAAAAAAAGAUGUUUCGUAGACUUCUUUAUUUCUUAGUCUAUUGGCUGAUACAUAAAGCUUUUAGCGUCUACGUUUCUAGUGAGAACUGGAUUUCAUGGGGUAGCAAUUAUUUGUUGAAUUUUCUCUACCAUCAUCAUUGUAGUCGUGACCUUAUUCGAAGAGAUACAGUCAAAUUGAAAAAGAAACCAAGACAUUUGUCUGUCAUACUGGAAUGCCGCGAUAAUACCGGGUUAGAAGGAUUAAUUCAUGAUACAUGUGAACUAGCAGCAUGGUGCAUUUGCUCUGCUAUACCUGAGCUUACGAUUUAUGAACGAAAGGGGUUCCUGAAACGAUACCCUGAAGCCAUGGAGAAGGCUAUAUAUUCUCAUCUUCCGUUUUACGUUGGUCGAGAAAAAUGUGUCGUACAAGUUCGUAAUUCCUGUUCAAACACUGAACAAGAGCAACAGGUACCCAAGGAUUUGACGGUUCAUUUGAUUGCUGAGGAAGAUGGAAGAGAUGCCAUCAUUGACUUAACGCGUGGGCUGGCUGAUUUAACCAAGAAAAAGGUAAUCACAAGUGCUCAAGUAACCCAAGAUUUGAUUGAUAAAGAGUUGACUGAAAGCGUUAUUCCUGAACCCGACCUAUUAAUAGUUUUCUCACCCUACCUCAAGUUACAAGGAUUCCCUCCUUGGCAAUUACGUUUAUGUGAAAUCUUUCAUGAUCCGAUCUUUACCAGUCCCAGUUAUUUGAGUUUCUAUAAAGCACUCACCAGGUACUCCACUGCUGAGAUGCGCCUUGGUCAUUGAGAGACGCAGUACCUUACAAUCACUUUGAUAACUAUUUUUCCAUUCGCUCUUUUAUUUUUACUGUCGAAACUGCGUCUUUAGUUCAUGAAGCCAAAUAUCGGUGUGAUUCUUAUGAGUUCUAUUGCUCAUGUGUUUACACUACAUUAGGAUUAGACAAGACUAGACAAGACAGUAUGGAUUGCUACGACUUUAUUUGUUUAUAUUUCAACUUCUUUUAUGAAUAGUUACUUUGACCUGUAUUGGAAUGUAUUUACGAAUUGCAAAAUAUAAGAAUUCAUUUGUUUUAUUUAGUACCGCAAAAGUGCUUAGUUUCAAUAAUUUU